AUGGCUCUUAUGGUGUGCCUUGGAAGAAAGGUUUCUCUUAUGAUGGCCGUUUGUCAAGCAGGCCCCCAUCGUCUAGUGGUUUAGGACAUCUCUCUUUCAAGGAGGCAGCGGGGAUUCGAAUUCCCCUGGGGGUAGGGUACUACGAAAGGAAGUUGAUCAUGGAUUACCAAUAAGUCGAAAAUUGAUUCUUCCUGGGUCGAUGCCCGAGCGGUUAAUGGGGAUGGACUAUAAAUUCGUUGGCAAUAUGUCUACGCUGGUUCAAAUCCAGCUCGGCCCAAUAAUUCGCCAAUCCGCCAUGAGAUGAUAUAACCCCUCUUGUACUUCAGAAAUACCCGAUCCAGAGAUAAAAAAGAAUAAAAUUUUCUGCUAGAUCCCGUAUUUCCCUGGGAUUGUAGUUCAAUUGGUCAGAGCACCGCCCUGUCAAGGCGGAAGCUACGGGUUCGAGCCCCGUCAAUCCCGACGGAUCCAAUAAAUAUAUCAAAAAAUCUCUGCCUUUUUAUGAAGGGGACCGGGGGAAGAAUUCCAUUGUCAAAGCAAAGGGGAAAUCCUUAUUUCUUUUUUCUUUCCUUUUGGUAGGAGAAAGACAUAUGUGGUUGGAUUAGUACAAUUAUUGGUAGCAUUAUAGUCAGUAUUCUAAGAAAUGCUGGUUUUUUCGAUUGCCCCUGAUGCAUGUAAUGGAAUCGAGUACUAUACUUUUUUGAGGCGCGCAUACACAAAGGGAAUUCCUUUCUUGUCCAAUACAAAAUUGAAUAUAAGAAAAUACUUUCCAGAAAAAACAAAAAAAAACAAUUUCUUUUUCUAGCUACGGAUUUAUGGAACCUGACUUACUAGUUUGAAGUUGAAAAAUGGUUUUCAUGCAAAUUGCACACUGAGCUUUUGGUAUAGGUGUCCCGGGGCUAAUAAUCUACGAAGAAAGGAGGGGGAAGGACAUAUCAACCAAAGAUCCUACUCCUCUUUGAAAGGCGAAUGAAUCAUUUUUCCUAUUUUUUAUUUUGUUUUAAGGCCCCAUCGAUGAAAGAACAAAUCGGAAAAUAGUAAAUUUGAUGAAUAUUCAUUUUAUACGGUCUCAUCUUUAUCACACUUCUUUGUCUUCCAAGUAAAAAAUAGUUUCAUUCUAAACUCCUUUCUUUUUCCAUUUAGCUUUUAGUGUUUGUUUGGGUUUGUAACUAUGUGACCACUGGAAGUGGAAGAGCUAUUUGAUGAGACUUCAUAAGAUGAUUGUACAAGAAGGAACUAGAUAGAUUAGAGAGAAAAAAAGAAUAGAUAAUAAAAAAUGAUAAAUAAAUAAAGGAAUUUUGGAUUGGGUCAGCAAUCCAAGUUUGGGGCGGUAUGGAUAAAAGAACUUCCUAUGUUAUACUAUUCAAUUCUCGACGAUGAAUUGAUUUGAUAGAUCAAAUAUUGUUAUUCAUGAUAUUGAUCUGAUUCAAGAUCAUCGAGAGGUAAUAUUCAUUCAUUGAAUUUAUAGGCCAAAGAUUUAUCAUCUCUAUGGGAUUAAAUCCCGAGUUAUUGCGAAGUAAAAAACCGAUGAGAUUAUGGAAGUAAAUAUUCUUGCAUUUAUUGCUACUGCACUAUUUAUUCUAGUUCCUACCGCUUUUCUACUUAUCAUUUAUGUAAAAACACUCAGUCAAAACGAUUAAUUAUUAACUAAUUUGAAUGAAACUUGACUUCUGAGUUCUUAGCGAAAAUUGACGAAAUAAAAUGAAAAAGAUUCCAAUUUCAUGUCUUAAAUGAAAUGAGUGGACUAGAAUCGGCAGUAUUCUAAUAGAUAGAUAGUAUUGUAGAAAGAUUCAUCUAUUUCUUUCUACCAUACUAUUUAUUAGUUAGAUUGUUUUUAUAAAGCUGCCCCCUGGAAUAAAAUAAAGAUAGAGGCUGCAUUUGAUAUGGAUCUAUAUAUCAAUCUACAAUAUUAUCUUGAUAGAUGUGAAUAUCAAUUCCAUAUAUGGGAUUGACAUAGCAUCCAAUUCCAUUUAUUUGCUUUAUCUAUUUGUUCUGAUCAAUCUGAAUUACUCCUAUGUCUUAUAGUUUGAAUUACUAUAUUUUUGAUUUCCAAUAUGAAUCUCGAUAUCUAUUGAGAGAAUCAAAUCAAUGAAGCAAAAGCGAUAGAUAUAGGCAUAUUCCAAAAAUCACAUAGUAAUAUUUUUUUUUAACAUUCCCAAGAAGUAAACCAUUGACAGUAGUUCCACGGGCAUCGAAAAGGAAGAGUAAACCGCACUGAUUUUUAACGCCUGAACCAUGAUAUGAAAUAAGUCGAUAAAGUCUAAAUCCAAUUUCAAAAAUUUGAAAGCGGUAAAUGCGCAAUAUGUGACUCACCUGACGAUCUUAUUCUACAUAGUAUCUCGUUAGAAAAUCACUAUGUUUAUAUCCUUUCUUUCUCAUGCAAAGUGCGUAUACACUUAACAAAACCACUUCUUCUUUGAACAGUAAAGAGAGAACCAAAUAAAAAAAGGGUCCGGCCCUCCUCAGUAUCACCUAGGAAGAGUCCAUCGAUUGGAAUAGAAAAUUUAGGAAGAAUUAGGUUCGAAUAAAUUUCCUGGGAUCCUCUUCCUUUCGAACUACAAACAUGGGAAUCGUUGAAAUAGCUCUUUGAUUGAAAGAGGAUUAUUCCUAUAAUACAUUACUCCAGUCGAGUCCAAUGGAAUAAUUUUAAAAUGAAGAUAUUUUUAUUUUGUUCCAAACGUGUUGCAGAACCAUCUAGAAAGCAAUUGAUAUUGAUACAGUUUGCUUCCUUAACUCAAUUAGUAGGACCCCUAGAGUCCACUCCUUCCCCACACUACGAGUGAAAGGGAAAAAGUAAAGACUACCAUUAAAGCAGCCCAAGCAAGACUUACUAUAUCCAUAUGAAUUAUGUCCCCUAUCUCUAUAAAUCUAAAGGAAUUGUUCCAUUAUUCCUCACUAAUAAUAGUAUAAUCAAUGGCGCAGAGUCAAAAAGAACGAAGACUAUGAAUAAACCAAUCCAAUAAAUUUGCCCAUUUUAUAAGAAAUUCCUAUAUGAUUUAUAAUCGGGAAAGAUUAAACCUAAGCAAAAUACGCAGUAACAUCUCAAGGGAAUGUUACUAAUGUAACAUGUACGAAUAAUAGGUCCUAUUCUUUUUUUUACCCGCAUUUCAAUUGAUUGGAUGCUUGAGCACUGUGAUAGUUUCGUGAGUUCCUCGUAUAGAAUAAAGUAUCUUACGCCCCCUUCCAUAACUAUUUCGAUUUCCUAUCGGGCUCUCCAAUCUAAUCCAAGGUCCAGUCAUUAUACAAUGGAUUAAUAAUAGAAAAUUUUGAUUUGUAGUAGAAGGUAAUUGCGAAGUCUUGAUAGCCCCUCUAGCAUUCGAAUAUUUACUUGAAAGCUAAGCCUAAAUAUGCAAUGCAAGGAUAUUUACAAUUUUUGAGAAAAACACCCAGACCAGGUGUUUAGAAUCAAACAAGUAUCAACAGUCUGCUUUCUCUUCUUCUGCUGGCAAAUCAUUCGUCGGGUUAUAUCAACAGAAGAAAAAAAGAGAUUUCAAGUUGUUUUUUGAUCAGGCGACACCCGGAUUUGAACUGGGGAAAAAAGGAUUUGCAGUCCUCCGCCUUACCACUCGGCCAUGUCGCCAAAAUGCUACAAAUACAAAAUAGAUGAAAACUUUCCCGGAUUACUGAACUGCUUUUUUAUUGUACUUGCACCUUGAGUUCUGUUUUCCUUAAUUUUUCCUAAAAGUCAAAGAAAUCCUAAUCCUUCGGCCCUUUUGAUUGAGUUUGAUUCAUCCUUUCAAUAUCGAUUGAGUCUAUCUCAAAAUUCAUAAUGUUCAAAAGUUUUUCUUACCUUUCUAUUGAAAAAUCAAAUGUGGAUUUUCAGUCGCAAAAUUCAACUUUCUUAAAAUAGGACCCAUUAACUAUUGACUUAGAAUGCAUGAAGGAUUCUUGGAUUUGAAUCUCCAAAUUUUGGUUUCCUACUGACAUAAGAAAAUACAACUUGAUAUAUGAUAUAUAACUAAUCAGUAUGGAUUUUUUCAAUCAAAAAAUCCUUCUCAAUUUUAAUUAUUAAUAAUAAUUAUAACAACAAUUAUGAGUAUAUGUAAACCCCCCACCCCAAGAUAAAUUGUUAGACGGAUAUAUAUUAUUUAUAUAUGUUCCCGAUAUAGAAUUAUCAGAUAUCAGAAAAGUAUCAUAC